AAUCGUAGUAUUUAGGAAACUCCAUGAUAGUAACAAGUUUGUGUGAAUACUGUUGCUAGUUGCUGAACACUUGAUGGUUUAUUAUUAUUGAUCAUCAUGGGUGUAUCAUGGUUUUAUCAGUCGAAGUUGAAUGCGAGCAUUGUAAACAUGAGUUGGGACAGUAAACAUUGCUGAACACUAGGGUGCGCAGGGGUCAUUGUGGCCAAUGCGCCAGCUGGUGGGGCCGUGCUGCUCGUGUUCGGGGAAACACACCUUUCUCCGUGGGGGAAACAGCUGAGACGGUGACUGGAACUUUGGCUCCUCGGCUUCGCGCUGAGUAUGUGCGAUGGUGACAAGGUGGCUGUCCCUGUAGAGCUCGACAGAUGCGCCGCUAGCGUUCUUACAUUUUAAUACCUAGUUAAGGUGCGCGCAAAUUGGACUCUCAACGAAAUGUCAGCGUCUCAAGUAGUGCCCGAAUACGACGUCAAGUUCAUUACGACGGAUUCAUUGGAGGCACAGGGAGUCGGCAACGUGCAAGACGAAAGUUCAACUUCGUCCACAUCCAAUGGCCAUAAAGGUUCUUCCUGGAUCUCUGCUGUUUUCCUCAUCAUCAAUGCUGCUCUUGGAGCUGGUUUACUGAAUUUCCCACAUGCCUUUGACCAAGCUGGAGGAAUAGCAGUGGCUCUCUCUGUGCAGGCAGUGCUGCUUGUCUUUGUGGUGGGAGCCCUGCUUGUACUGGCUUACUGUGCCAGGCAGCAUGAUUGUGCCACAUACCAAGAAGUGGUGCUGCGCGUGUGUGGGCCCCGUUUCUGGAGCUGUUGCUUGCUGGCUGUGGCACUGUACUGCUAUGGCACAUGCAUCACCUUUCUAGUCAUUGUGGGGGACUUCUCAGAUCGCAUUUUUGCAUCUUUGUACGGGCCAAGCUACUGCAUUCACUGGUUUAUGCAUCGGGACUUCAUUAUUGUCACGGCAUCAAUUGUUCUCAUCCUCCCAAUGUGUUUUUCACGGAAGAUAGAUUUUCUCAAGUACCCCAGUAUGUUUGGUGUGCUUGCUGCCCUUUAUCUGGUUCUGCUGGUCGUGGUGCAGUACUUUGUUGGAGAGUCGAAGUCUCCUGGCACCAGAAGCUCUCCCAACACUCUGGAAGAUGUCUUGACUGCUGUUCCAGUUGUAUGCUUUGGCUAUCAGUGCCAUGUGAGUUCUGUGCCUAUCUAUUCAUGCCUUGAAGACCGGAGACUAUCUACAUUUGCCAAGGCAGUCGUGAGUGCCACCGUUUUGACUGCCUUGCUAUACACUGUGGCAGGGGUGUUUGGCUACCUGACAUUUGGUGAGGGAGUGGCUGGUGAUAUACUGGAGCUUUACGAUGCCCGUCAGCCACUAGUAUUGGUUGGAAUCUUGGCCAUGGCACUCAAGAUCAUCACUACAUACCCCAUCCUUAUCUUCUGUGGCAGGACAGCAGUGGAUGACCUUUAUGGGCAGUUUCGGAGCCUUGAUGAAGAUGCUAAACGCAAACGGGAGCUGUUUCGACGGAUAGCAAUUGUGUCAAUAUGGUUUUGCACCACAGUUGUCCUGGCCUGUCUGGUGCCUAACAUCAGCAUUGUCAUCCGUACCAUUGGCUCCCUUGCUGCCACCUUCAUUUUUGUCUUUCCUGGUUUGUGCCUGUUGUUCGUCUCAGUGAAACUGGACAACUAUUACUAUUUUGCAAAGACCAAGUGGAAGCUGGCAACAGCGGUCCUUUGUGUGGCACUGGGCAUGUUUGUAUUUGGCCAAGUACUGACGAUGUCGGUAAUGGACGCCACGUCAGGUCAUGAGCGGGCUGCGGACGUUCAGCUCUGCACAGUGCCCAAGGUGGCUCGCUUAUAUUCCUACUUCUAGUAGACGUUCCAGGGAAAUGUGGACACUUGAAAAGCACAACAGAAUGUCGUAGAUGAUGAAUGAUUGAAUGGCUUUCUAAUUUGUACUUUUUACAUAAUGCAGCCACUUGGACUAAUUUCAGGCCUUGGGUAAUGCUGUGAAAUGAGUAAUGCUCAGUGCUAUUUUGUUGAAUGCAUAUAUAGUAGUAUGUACAUACUUUGUUGCAGUCAUUGCGAAUGUGUAUCCUAGUCUAUGUAUGUAUUCAUAUGUACCUUUCAAAUGAUAUGGCUGCUUUGUAUCUUUGUGAUAGUCUACUUGAUGUAGUUUUAAUAGCGAUGCUUAUUUACUCAUGUUACAUGACUGAAUGCUCUUUUAGUCGUGUUAUGGACCUAUUUACUUGCCGCUGCAGAUUUCCUUGAGAUUUUAUUUUUUUAUAUUUUAUUUUAGUGACACAGCUUUUAGUGACGUUGAUACUUAUUUUGUACUAAAAAUAUAUAAUUUUGCAUGAGCCUACAUGUCUUGUGAUUCUGGUACUAGUACAGGGGUGCACAAAGGUACCCAUAGUGGGUGUAAAUCUUUUUUGCAGUGUUCAUCUUAUUUCCCUCAGUACCUUUUCAGUAGCUUUGUGUCUGCUUCAUACAAACAAGCUGCAAAGGCUUCAAAUGCUCAAGGCAGACACUGAAAUGAUUCAACUAGGAAAGAAAGCGGAAUAUUUACAACUAUUUUUUUGCUCUGUGAAAUGCAGACAUUGAUAAAUUGAUGUUUCUUUAUGAAAUGGUUGAUUUUUUUAAUGAGCUAGAAUUUUUUUGCUGGGGGUUAAUAUGCACCCACAGCUGUUUUUAAAUCCCACUCUCAUCAAAUGCAGUUAUUGUAGCUUGAAGAGCAUCAUAAAUCAUAACAAAAUUGAUGGGUUUUGGUUACACAUCUAUGACUUCUAUUACUACACUGAAGCCAAAGUUAGUUUGUCAAAAGUUUAUCUGCUGUGGUAGUUCCUGUCUUUAAAAAUGGCUCAGAUUUGGGUGCACGUUAAAGAACCCCAGGUGGUCAAAAUUUUUGGAGCCCUCCACUACGGAGUUUCUCAUAAUCAUAUGGUGGUUUUGGGACGUUAAACCCCACAUGUCAAUCAAUCGUCUGUAAAAAUGAAAUCGAGGUCCAGGUUUCAGCAAGCGAACCCCAGGUGGUCAAAAUUUCCGGAGCCCUCCACUACGGCGUCUCUCAUAAUCAUAUGGUAGUUUUGGGAUGUUAAACCCCGCAAAUCAAUCAAUCAUCAAUCAGGUUUCAGCAAGCUGGCAUUUUAUGUCCUGAUAACUUUCUCGGGGGUACACAUCAGAUAUCAGUGUAAUGUUGGCCUAGACAUGGUCUAAUGUUGGCCUGGUGUGUAUAAAUGUUAAAUUAUUAUGGUUGUUAACAAAGGUUAUAGGAAACACUUUCAUUCCUGUCAAAUAAAGCAAAAUUGAAGAAUUUUUUCCCUCUA